AUGACUUUUCCAAUCCCAGGCAUACCUGAUUUCACCCUUGCAAUCUUCAUUGUGACUGGCCUCGUCUCAGUCAUAUGCAUCCUGGGGUACCUGCGUGUUAUUCUCGCAGGUGGGGUAGGGAAAAAUGGCUCCACUGUUGCUAUCUGGGCCACUGUGGACAGCAUGAGAUACUGCUCUUUUGUCUGCAUAGAAAUCUGUGAUCAUAUGAACAUCUAUUUGUUCAAAAUCACCCCUUCUCUCUCUCCACAAGAUGGUUCGAGAAAUCAUGCAAGCGAGGGCUCAGACUCCGUUCCUGUCUCCUCAUCUUGGGUGCAUUCCAGUGAAGAGCCUCUUCUUCAACACAGUUCCAGCAGUGAAUCACUCCACGAAGUCACAUCAGUGACAGACAGCUUGGCUAAGCUAUCAGAGUGACAUCUCCUCUCUGGUGUGAUAUUCAUCAUUUCCCACCUAAAUCCUUCAAAUGUGCAUGUACCAAAUAUUGUGGUCAUGGCUGACACAUGACUGGCCAUUUUUCAUUGGGAAUGUAUCUCCAAAUGAC